GUUUGAAUGUAUGGCUAUAAUUGUCUCUCAAUUAAAUUUAUGAAGUUGCUUUCCAUCUAAAACUCUUCUUUACAUCAUCAUCAGGCUUAGAAUCUAAUCCAAGGACUCUCCCUUUUAGAAAGCAACUACUAUGCCCAUUCCUAUUUCCAACCUAAUACAGAAAAGGCUAUGGAGACUCGUGGGAUUCAUGUCAAGUGUUAUUGGACUUGCCUCUUAUGCCUUGAGUUCCUCUUUCAAACAUCUAUUUGGAGAAUGGAACUUCUUCAAAAUCACCGUUUACGCCGUGGUAAGUUUCAGUAUCAGCAGCUUGAUGUUGUUUUUGAAGAAGUGGAAGCUUUCAAGGAGUUUCUUGCUGAAAGUUCAUUCAGGUGUUUUGGUUUUGUUGCUCACUUCUUUCUACUCGUUUGUAUCUGAUAAAGAUGUAAGUGGAAAACCAGACAUGUUAAGUCUGAUUUCAUGUGCAGCCUUUGCUGUAAUGUCUUUGUGUCUAUCAAAACAAAUUGACCUUGGAUUUGGAGCUGAUCUCCUCAAUUUCUUUCUUGGAUGUCUAACUGUUCAACUGAUGAAGAUCAACUUGAUGCUCUCUAUAUUUGCAGCCAUCUUCUGCUAUUGUCUCAUGGUUCUUCGUUCCAAAUUGGAUUCUCAAACACAGAUUGGAACUCUAAGAAUGGAAGAUCAUGUUGCUGUAGAUAUUGAUGCUGCAGAUCAAGGACAAAGAAGAGGUAAUGGUCACCGACAAAUUCAGUCCUUGACAAGAAGGGUAGAAGAUGGUUACAAUUGGAAGCAAUAUGAAGAGAAAAAUGUGAAAAGAAGUGAAAAUCAGAAAAGCUACUACAAAUGCACAUACCCCAAUUGUCCUGUGAGGAAAAGAGUUGAGAGAAGUAUAGUUGGGGACACUAUGGAGACACUCUACAAGGGUAACCAUAAUCAUUACAAGCCAACGUUUACAAUGAAGAGAAACUCAUCAUCUGAAUAUCUUUAUUCAGUUUUACCUUCUGAGACUAUCCCAGCUGACAUGCCAGAUCAAUCAUUUGCUUCUCAUGGCAGAGGAGGAUUGGAUGAUGAUGAUGAUGCAAAAUCGGAGAACUCAGCAGUGUCAAUAUGACAUGUUGGAUUUGAGCAGGUUCCAAGCAGAAAUCAGAAUGCUUAUAUUGUGAAGUUGAGAACAAUUAAACUUACAUGAUCUUUAAUGGAAAUGUCAAACAAUUACUUAGUAAGAGAGAAAAUGUGAUUUAAGCAUAGAAGAUUUCAAUCCAAUCCUAAGCUUGUGCCAUUUAUUGAUUACUUUUCACACUUGCUAGGUUUCUUUUCUUCUUUUUUUCCCUUCAAGUCCAUAUUGUAGUACUUUUUGUUGACAUGUUUUGUUUUCAGUUAAGUUAAAAACCACAUUCAGUGCAUGCAACGGUGUAAAACUAUAAUAACAGUAGAACUAUAAUUCAUUUACA